AAUGGAUGAUAAUGUAAUGGUCGCCCCGCCUGCGGUAUUGGGAUACGCUGGCGUGGCACCAGUAAAGGAAUCAUCCUUCACUGGGGCCAUGCCAGCGUAUCAAGGUGAGGAUGAAACAGGCCAGUUGGCUCGUCAACAGCUGAUACAAAUAAAAAAAAGUAAUUAUAGAAUACGAAAAACAUUAAAAAAGAAGAUUCAGAAUUCUGGGUAAAAUGGAGUUUAAGAAGAUUUUCGUAUUUUUGUGUUGUCUUCUGGCUCAGUCUGCAUUUCCUCUUGAAAUUCAACAUUCAUACGAGCAACAUACAGAGCUAAGCGUAGAUGAAACGGCUAGAGGGCGGCGUGAUGUCAUCGAAGAAGAGAAAUUUUAUAACAUGCAUUCUGAUGUGCGAAAAGAGAGCCAUAAUAAUAUAAACCAUCAGAAACCAUGGAUUCCGGGUCCACUGCCUCCUAACGAAGAUCAAACGACUAAAAUAUCAAUUACUAAUCCUGAAGUCAAGGAAGUACUGCCUCUGUAUCAGACCACAGAGAGAGUUACAGACAAACCAACAGGUCGAGGGGCGAGGGCGUCCAACGAGAACUGGAUUAAACUGCCUUACCCUGAUCGGGAUGAACCACAAAGAAACGAUGUUCUAACACCACCACAGCCUUCUGGGGACUUGAUUAACUCCAGGAUGCCAAGGGUUAAUUUCGUGACUCAGAACAAACAGUUGGAAGCGUCUGAAUCUCGCAACGAUAAAGAAUCGAUUCAGAGAUCAAGAAACGAUGAUAUUCGAACGGAGUUCGUACGUCCUGGCGAGGAUGAUAGAAAUAAGCCAUAUAAACCCGUGUACCCACGACAAGCAGUAUAUUACCCGGCGGAGUCGAGGCGACCGUAUUACGAUGAUCGAUAUUAUCCAGCUGAUGAUUUAUACAGGCGAGAUCCUUAUUAUGAUUUAUACGAUCGAAGGCGAUAUAUCCCGGGAUAUGUCCCGAGAGUCGAUAGAUAUGAUGAUACUGUCGAUAAUUAUGUCCCUAGAAAACCAAAAAGGAUUAUUUACUAUGCCCAUCUACCUGAAGUUGUUCGGACGCCACCAAGUGUUGACUUGCGUUAUAGAUACUCCCCGGAUCCUUACAGACGCUUCGAUGAUGAUUACUACGCGAGAUCGGGUAGGUACGACUACAGAUUUAGAAAUAGAUACCCUUACGCUCCUCUAAGAAAAGAGGAAAGGAAUUAUAGAGAUUUGGCCGGAGCUGGUACUGCGAACAAAGAUAAGAAGGUCGAGGAAAAAGUAACACCUACAGCUGUUCUUCCGAAGAAGGAGGAGAAAUUCAAAAAUAAUUCCAACGAUAGGAAUAUUAAUAGGAAUUUAAUUAACAGUCAUCAGUAUCACGACAGUCAAGGUAUUGACUACAAUGAUCAGUUAACCCACAAGUCCUUUCAAGACGUCAUGAGGCCAGACGACGGAUAUUUAAGAUUUGAAGAGCCUCUAUUCCAAACUGCGAUAGAAGAUCCAUACCAAAGAAAAUAUUAAACAAUUUAGUUGCAAUCAGCUAUCGUUUUGGGCUCGUUAUUUAAUAGUUGAAAACUAGCCAGGAAUGUUACCGAUGUUGCUUUGUGUCUUCAGCAUUUAAUAAUAAAACUGUAGUAUUUAUUUAUAGAUGUAAAUGUCAUAAUGCAUUACAAUUUGAAUGCAGAUUUUACAAACUAUUGGUGUAAGUUGCCGCUAAUAAAUGUAAUUACGAAUGCUCUCGU